UGACGUGUCAUAAGCAUAAUUUGGUGUUUCUUGUUAGCUAGCUUAUUUACAUUUACAUUCAUUGGCGUUCAGAUGUGUGUUGUGAUUAUAGUUCGAAUGACAUGUCAGUGUUUCCUGAUUGGGAUGCCACCAAUCAGUCAAUUGAAAUGAUAAGCGAUUCUGUUCUUUUUCCUCAUAAGAAUAUUGGAACGAACUCGUUUUAAAUUAAAAUAAUGAGUUUUAUAUUUUAUUUUGUAUUGUAACGAGGAACCAGUCAAAUGUCAAACUUUGUUCCCAUUUAUUGUAAUUAUUUUGGAAUGAAGGUGUACAGAAAAUGAACUGAUUAAAAAUAUAAUAGUAGUCUAGUAAAGGAGGAAAAUGUUAUCAGCGUUUCUUAAUAAAACAAAAUCUUUGAUCGGUAUUGCUGAGAACUUCACCGAUAACAGAAAUAGACUUGAAAAGAUAACCUCAACUUACAGUGAUCCUCAAUUGACAUUGAGAAGUUCUGAAAAUAUGGCAAAUAACAAUGAUGAAAAUAAUGAAAAUUUACAGUUUAGUAUCUAUGAUUGUAUUCGAACUAUAAAAGACCCUGAAAAACCGGCCACACUGGAAGAAUUACAAGUGGUUUAUGAAGAGGGAGUGAAGGUGACAAGCAGUAAUGAGAGCAGAGCAUACGUAGUGAACAUUGAGUUUAACCCAACAGUGCCUCACUGUAGCCUGGCAACUCUCAUUGGCCUCUGUAUGCGGAUCAAGGUGGAGCGCACACACUUGGAGAAGAUCAAACUGGACAUCCACAUUAAGAAGGGAGCACAUGACACUGAGGAGGAGAUUAAUAAACAAGUCAACGACAAAGAGAGAGUGGCUGCAGCUAUGGAAAAUCCUAACCUUAGAGAAAUGGUAGAAAAGUGCAUCAGUGAAGAUGACUGACAAUUAUGAGAUUUAAAAUACAUGGAGACGAAGAUACAUUUGUAUUACUUUGUAUAUAUGUAAAAAGCAGAAUAAAAUUUUAUUUUUAUAA